UCCGACUAUCAGUGCCAGAGCCAAUGUUCCGUUUAGAAUUUACGGAACGAAAUGACGUCACAUAGUUACAGGUGUUUGUAGCAACCAGAAUGUUUCAGACGGCUACAGCUUUGCCUUGGCUAACUUCUGCAACACGGUUUUAACGUGUCUUUAGUUUGUAGACUGUCUACUAGGUAGCGAACGUUAGUGCUAGAUGGACAAGGAGGACGUCCCGCUUAAAACAAAUGAUGUCUACAAAAUUGAUAAAAACAUUCCUAAGAGGUUUAACAAUCCUGACUGCUUCGAAGGCUACAGCAAGAGGGUGGGCCAUCCACUUUACCAGACAACUAACCAAACAUAUGGAAGCAAGAAACCUACUGUCCAUGAAAUGCCUGUGACUUUCAAAGGGAGUUAUCGGAAAUUUUCCGAGCAUCUGCUCAAGAGUGGAAUGCCCCGAGAUAACGGUUUCAACACGUCUCUGGAGAAGAACAUCAUUUCACAGCCAAGCAUCAUCGCAAUGCACGAGCGGCCCCGCCCGUACUACCUCAGCCUGGACGACGGGGGGGAAUGAGUGAGCGAUAAGUCGGAGGGACUUCCGAAUGAGUGUGUAUUCACAUCUGGACCCUCGGCAUGGUCACAUCGACGACUUCACACAUCGCCAGACUACUCAUGCUCCUCAUUUAGAUGUAGCCCAAUAAACACUCGUUCAGUGAAUUCACUCCGUGAAUAAGAUAGAUUUACAUAGUUGCAUGCAUAAUGCACCAUGCGUAGUAGAGUUUUGAUAUUUGCACAUGUGGGUGGCUUUAAUAACCUGCUGCUGGGAUAUUCAUAAGGCCUGGUCUCAGCAGUUGAUGAUGCGGACCCUUUCCCUGAACUUAUGUAAUCCAGAAAAGUGUUGAAGCCUCUGGUCAUCAUAUCUGUUUCUCUUCUUUCUGGGUUUUACCAGUAAGCCUAUUUUAGCCACCUAUCUCUGCUCUGUUCAGGAAGAUGCUGAAUUGGGUACCAAAUGCUGUGUGUUAAAUGAAAAUAAACAUGGUGC